UCGACCUAUUUGAAUGACAAUAAAUUUCAAUUUUAAUUUAGGAUUUAAAUUUUGGGGUUUUGCAGGAUAAAGUGUACGGUGAGGUUUGUAAUCUAAUAAGAGAAGCCAGCACUUGUCCCAAGAAGCCAAAAAAUCUGCCACCCACACCAAGCAUCGAGCCGCAAGAAAAAAUGAUCGAAAUAAAAAAUCUCCUGAAGCCAAUAUGUGACGCAACGAAUAAACUUCAAGGUGAUGGGGUAACCAGUAGUUUGAUUUACUACUCGAUAGUCAAUGCAUUUAAUGAAAUUGCUAAAACUCCAACUACACGAUUCACUUGUAUGAAAGCACAAUUACUGGGUGGACUGAAAAAUCGAUUCGAGAAAGCAAUAAAUAAUGACCCCCACAUUAUCCUGAGUGCUUUGUUGGACCCUCGUCAAAAAUCCGACGUGUUUAAAAUCAAACCUGCCGUGUAUGGAACCAGAAGCCUUGAAACUCCUUCAAUUGACAAGGUCACUGAUAUGCUCAAGUCAUAUUGCAAGGAAGAUCCUUCGGCUGAAGCAGCAUUACACACAUUUCCUGAAAACGAAGAUAACGACGACGAUCCAUUUUCCAUGCUGCCAAGGAUUGUCAAUUCGAGUACUACUGUCUCUCAUGAAGUAGACAAAUAUUUAGCUCUACAAAGAGAACCGUCAAAAUCCGAUCCACUAGAAUUUUGGGCUAAAAACGAAACCAGCUUUAAAGAAUUGUCAAAUUUGGCCAGUCAAGAUCUUGCAAUUCCGGCAUCCACGGGCAGUGUAGAGCGGCUUUUUUCUCUACUGGGAUCAUUUGGACGUUCAAGGAGAUCAAGUCUGAACCCGAAGUCUUUGGAAAAUUUAGUGCUUCACCGAGAAUAUCGUCGUCCGAUUUUGAUGAGAUCUCAUCCAGCCAUAAAUCUCUCAAAAAAAGGAAAAUAAGUCUGGAGCCGGACAACAAGUGCAAUAAGCGGAAAACAUUGAGUACGCGAGCAAUUUGUUUUAUUAUUUAUAUGAAUUCUAUUUUUAG